GAGUUUGCAGGUAGUGAGUCAGUCGAAGACAGAAUAUGCUCCCUCUUGGUCAGGAUAUGCAGUUGCCGUUGCUCGCAGUGAAAGACCAAUUAAUGAGAUGCAUGGGAAGAUACAGGGAGUCUGAAGAGCCUCUCCUAAGUUUUCCAGUGAUAUGGAGACCAUGGAUUCCCUGUCAUAGAGAAACUGGAUGUCUAGAAAAAUUUGUCCAAGGGAAUGUGUCAUCAAAAACCAGACAGAUGUCCAAAGGUGCCCAUGGAUUCCAGCACCCUGUCAGGCUCUUCAUGCCCAAGUCCAGGACUGAGGAAUAUGUGUCUCAUUUGGGGAAGAAGGUCUUGGACAGUUUCCCUGUCCAAGCCACUCUCCACUUCUACAACGAUGACUCCAGCUCUGAGGAUGAUGAAGAUAUGGAGAAAGAGCUGGAGGUUCAUUCACACAGUUUGGAUCACAGGUCCCAUCCACUCAGAGAGAAUUCAGAGAGGUAGCUAAGUCUUUACUGUUUUGGAAACAAGCGGGUGUGAUUAGACAAGGGAGACGGACAGUGCAGCAGGUCACAGGAGACACGUUACUUCCAUGGUGAGUGUCCAGUAGGACCCAAUGUGUUCACCUGAGACAGCCACAGAAAGCCGGGAAGGGCCAGGUCACUGGCUGCAUGUGGCCUCACUGAGGUGAUUCUGUUUACACCAGUUCAGCGUCAACACACCUUUAAACUGGAUAUGGCCAUUUUCCUUGACAACGUCCUAUGUUCUCAGGACCUUGUCACGCAAACUCAAGUUGGCUUUGUGCUGGUCCCUUCUUUUUGUUUGUAGUGAAACAUUUUCUAUGCUUUCUAUGUUUUGUAUUUAUAAUAAUUUUUUAUGUGUGUAAUACAUUACUGGACGUAUGAGUUACUGUGUAUAUGGUUUGUUGGUUGAAAUGUAAAUAAUGUAUGUGCAUAUAAUUGAAUAUUACUGUUAUGGGCUUAGCUAGUGAGUGAAUAUGUUGGUAUG